CCUCAAGGUCCUUCAUCUUUCAUUGUUUGUCUGUUUGUGACUGUCUGUCAAGCACGAUGGCAUUGUUAGCUCGCAAUAUCCUGUCUCUACCCCAAAAACGACCUGCCCUCCUCGCAGUGCUCGCCAGGCAGCAGCAGUUACAACAGCAACAAUUAAGAUGGACCACAACGAAUAGAAAAAUCCAAAUCACCCCCCAGACCCCAGCACAAGCCCAAGCCCUCCUUGCCCAACAACGCCUCCGCCGCCCGGUCUCCCCCCACCUCCAAAUAUACAAAUGGCAGGUCAACUCGGUCUCCUCCGCGCUGGAACGCAACACCGGAAUCCUCUUCUCGGGCGGCCUCUACCUCUUUGCCACAUCAUACCUGAUUGCUCCCUACCUCGGGUGGGAUCUCUCCUCGACAACGCUGGUCGCUGCCGUGGCGGGCCUGCCUGUCGUGGCGAAGUUGGCGUUGAAAUUUGCGAUCGCCUGGCCGUUUACCUUCCAUGUGGUCAAUGGGGUGAGGUAUUUGGCGACGUCCGGGGCGAGGACAAUCGCUAGUAAAGGGCAGAUUGUGGGAGUGGCGUGGGGGGUGGUUGGGGUUAGCUUCUUGGGGGCUGUGGGGCUGGUUGCGUUUUACUGA